AAAUGCAUGGUAGUGGACAUUUUGGCAUAGCAGAGGAAAACUUCUUCCCCUAUUAUCCCAUCUUCCAAACUUCACAUAGCACAUAGCACAUAGCACAUAGCAAAGCAAUCAAUCCACCAAAAACCCAUUAGCCAUAUCCAUCAUCCAUUAAACCUCCUCAAAUGUUGCAGACCCAGAACCUUCUCUCCUCCAAUUUUCCCUUUUUCACUCUCUCACUAACCCACAAUCACAAGCUCUUUCUCUCUCCUCCAACCCACUCAUCUUCUUCCUCCUCCUCUCUUCACAGACCCAUCGCCUUCCACUCUGUUUCUCCACUCACAACUCACCAUUCCUUUUGCUUACCCCAAUUCUCUGAGCUUGCAGAUGCCACUUUUCUUGAUGAUAAUGGCCCAGUUGAACUCCCAUCCACCAUUUUUGCUACUACUGAUGACCCUUCUUCUCUCCAAGUUGCUACCAGUGUUCUUCUUACAGGGGCCAUCUCUGUCUUCCUCUUUCGUUCCCUCCGCCGCCGUGCUAAGCGGGUCAAAGAGCUGAAAUUUAGGUCUGCUGGAGUAAAAAAGUCUCUGAAGGAGGAAGCAAUGGAUAGUUUGAAAGCAAUUAGUACAGGUCCAAUUGAAUCAAAGUCAACACCUUCACCCAUACAAGCAUUCUUGGGAGCAAUAGCAGCUGGUGUUAUUGCAGUAAUCUUAUAUAAAUUCACCACUACCAUUGAAGCUGCUCUGAACAGACAGACUGUGUCUGAUAACUUCUCGGUUCGACAACUGACGAUAACAAUAAGAACUAUUGUGAACGGAUUAUGCUACCUUGCAACAUUUGUUUUUGGGAUUAAUGCAAUUGGUUUAUUCCUUUACUCUGGUCAAUUGGCCAUGAAUUCCGUCAUGGAAGAAGGUUCCAAAGAUAAAGAACCUAAAGGUAAAGGUGAUAAGCAAGUUAGCCCACCAAAUUCAACAGCUGAAACGACCCUCAAUAGCACCGAAUCAAGCAACAGCGAGGAUGAUCAAAGUUCAAGUAAUUCGCAGUAAUGGAAGAGGACCCCCUCUGAUCAAACUUUGGCUGUGUCGGCAGCCAUUUGUAAAGGUGAUCUGCUUGGACUUAAUCAUGCAUUUUUUACCAUCCUCUUCUUCAGUUCCAGUAACUCCCUGUCUGUCAUCUGUGAUCAUUAUAUGGUAAAACAAUACUCAGAAAAAAGGUUAGUCUACUGUUAGCCUGUAUCUGCAGAAUAUAUUUCUGCUCUGCUAACACAAAACCUUGGAUGAACAAUGUAUAGAAGGUUGCAUACUGAGUUUUUUUUUCCUCCUUUUUUUUAUUAGUACUAGGGAAUUUGAACCAGAGAUCUUUUGGUCGCAACACAUCCGUAUGCUAGUUGUGUUAGGCUUAUUAUGGCAUUACCUAGCCAGCUAGUUCAAGUCCAUUGACCCAAAUUUCUUUGUGAUUGGGUUUUCAAAAGCACCAAAUUCAUCUACUAGCAUAACCAUUGUCCCUUUUUCAGCUCACUUAAAUCAUGGACCAGAUAAUUAGUGCCGUAGAUUGAUGCUAAGCCUAAUGGUUCUAAUAAGCCUGGGCUUAUGAAGCUUGGGCUUGUGCAAUCUUUGUUUACACUGUGCAAAAGGGUCUGUGUAUAACUUGAAUUUAUGUUUAAUUUGUGGAUUUAUAAUUUGUAAGCAUUAAACUAUUAAACUGUAAUAUAAAAGGUGAGUCCAUCUA